AUGUCGGACUCCCCCCAAUCUCCUCCAAAGGAUGUCGAGCAAGGUGCACAGUCACCCGACGACGAAGGACAAAUGAAUGACAAUCAAGACCCCCACUCGGCUGGCGGCGCCGCUGGUUAUGAGUUCGAAGUUAAAGAACAAGAUAGAUGGUUACCUAUAGCGAAUGUGGCCAGAAUCAUGAAGAACGCGCUACCGGACAAUGCAAAGAUUGCAAAGGAGGCCAAAGAAUGCAUGCAGGAAUGCGUGAGCGAGUUCAUAUCCUUCAUCACUAGUGAAGCAUCCGAGAAGUGUCAACAAGAGAAGAGAAAGACUGUCAAUGGCGAAGAUAUUUUGUUUGCUAUGACUUCACUCGGCUUUGAGAACUACGCGGAAGCAUUGAAAGUCUAUCUAUCCAAGUAUCGAGAGCAACAAAACCAGUCAAACCGGGAGCGUGUCAUGGAGAACACCUGGGGCGGCUCAAUGAUGCCUGGUGACAAGGGCGAUGGCGCCGCGGCUGGACAAGAAUUCGCUGGUGGUGAGGCCCAAAACAACCCUGAAGGCACCGCCGACCCCAACUACAUGUAUGGUCAACAUGCCGGCCAUAACGGAGCCGCAGCUGGAGAGGGCUACUAA